AUGCUGCGAGGCGGCCAGCGCCGGCCGCUUGGCGGGCACGGCCGGGCUACGGGCCUGGGCAGCCUGCUGGCCUGGCUGAUGCUGGCAUCGGCGGGCGCCGCACCCUGCCCUGAUGUCUGCUGCCCCCACGGCCCCUCGGGGCUGCGCUGCACCCGGGUUGGGGCCCUGGAUAGCCUCCGCCACCUGCCGGGCAUAGAGAACCUGACGGAGCUCUACAUCGAGAAUGAGACGCAGCUACAGCACCUGGAGCCCAGUCACCUGAGGGGCCUGGGGCAGCUGAGAAACCUCUCCAUCGUGAAGAGUGGCCUCUAUUUCGUGGCUCCAGAUGCUUUCCAUUUCACCCCUCGGCUCCGUCGCCUGAAUCUGUCCUUCAAUGCUCUGGAGUCCCUGUCCUGGAAAACCGUCCAGGGCCUGUUCUUACAGGAGCUCCAGAAGCCAGCUGACACCCUCCCUGGUUUUCCCCUCUCUUCCCUGAUGCAGCAAUCUGGGGGGCUGCCAUCCCUGGGGCUGACCCUGACCAACGUCACCAGUGACCUCAAUAGAAAGAACGUGACGUGCUGGGCAGAAAACGACGUGGGCCGGGCUGAAGUCUCGGUCCAGGUCAACGUUUCCUUCCCUGCCACCGUGCAGCUGCACAACCCGGUGGAGCUGCACCAUUGGUGCAUUCCCUUCUCGGUGGACGGCCAACCGGCACCCUCUCUGCGCUGGCUCUUCAAUGGCUCCACGCUCAACGAGACCAGCUUCAUCUUCACCGAGUUCCUGGAGCCUGCGGCCAAUGAGACCAUGCGUCACGGGUGCCUGCGCCUCAACCAGCCCACCCACGUUAACAACGGCAACUAUACGCUGCUGGCCACCAACCCUUCGGGCCGGGCCGCCGCCUCGGUCAUGGCGGCCUUCAUGGACAACCCAUUUGAGUUCAACCCUGAGGACCCCAUCCCGGUCUCCUUUUCCCCAGUGGACACUAACAGCACGUCUGGAGACCCGGUGGAGAAGAAGGACGAGACAUCUUUUGGGGUCUCAGUGGCCGUGGGCCUGGCUGUCUUCGCCUGCCUCUUCCUCUCUGCACUGUUUCUGGUGCUCAGCAAAUGCGGACGGAGGAACAAGUUUGGGAUCAACCGUGAGUGGAGGGGCUGCCUGCCAGUCUGUCCUACUGGCUUGGUUUCCCACCUGCUCUUACUGACCCUGCCUCGGGGAGGGCGGGCUGUGCACAUGCGGAAUUCAGCAAGCGUGUGUUUGGGGUGUACGAGCGCCUGUGAGUAUGUCAGCCUGGUGCCGGGAGACUUGUCGGGGAAUCCUCUGAACUGUUCCUGUGCCCUACACUGGCUGCGGCGCUGGGCGGAGGAGGGGCUGGGCGGCAUCCGCGAACAGAGGCUGCCACCGUGUCCCAGGCCGGGGUUCUUGCCCGCACUGUCCAACACCAGCUGUGGCAUGCCCGUGCUGAAGGUCUGGAUGCCCAACGGCUCUGUGGACGUGGGCGACAGCGUGCUGCUGCAGUGCCAGGUGGAGGGGCGGGACCUGGAGCAGGCUGGCUGGAUCUUCACGGAGCUGGAGGAGUCAGCCGUGGUGACGAUAUGGAAGCUGAGGGCCGUGGGGAGGGCACUGUCCGUGGUCCUGCACCCAGACGAGUUCUUGGAGGCCUUCCGUCUUUUUCUGGCUGGCGGCUCUGGAAGCAGCCCCCUCGUGGAGGAGGCCAAGGUGCUCGUGUAUCAUCUUGUUUCGGACCUGCCCGGGCUGACACUCAGUGUGUUAGAACGUCUCCCCCCCCCACCCGUGGCUGGCGCCGCCCUUGUGCAGUGCUCAGCCCUGUCCAGGGGCCCCUGUCUGACCAUGCGAGCCCCCCUAGGUGUUCGCCACAUCAAGCGCCGGGACAUCGUGCUCAAGUGGGAGCUGGGCGAGGGCGCCUUCGGGAAGGUUUUCCUUGCCGAGUGCCACCACCUGCUACCUGAGCAGGACAAAAUGCUGGUGGCUGUUAAGGCGCUGAAGGAGGCGUCGGAGAGCGCGCGGCAGGACUUCCAGCGCGAGGCGGAGCUGCUCACCAUGCUUCAGCACCAGCACGUCGUGCGCUUCUUCGGCGUCUGCACCGAGGGCCGCCCGCUGCUCAUGGUGUUCGAGUACAUGCGGCACGGGGACCUCAACCGCUUCCUCCGGUCCCACGGGCCCGAUGCCAAGCUGCUGGCCGGCGGGGAGGACGUGGCUCCAGGCCCUCUGGGGCUGGGGCAGCUGCUGGCCGUGGCCAGCCAGGUCGCUGCGGGGAUGGUGUACCUGGCGGGACUGCACUUCGUGCAUCGGGACCUGGCCACGCGCAACUGUCUGGUGGGGCAGGGACUGGUGGUUAAGAUCGGCGAUUUCGGCAUGAGCAGGGACAUCUACAGCACCGACUACUACCGCGUGGGAGGCCGCACCAUGCUGCCCAUCCGCUGGAUGCCGCCCGAGAGCAUCCUCUACCGCAAGUUCACGACCGAGAGCGACGUGUGGAGCUUCGGCGUGCUGCUCUGGGAGAUCUUCACCUACGGCAAGCAGCCCUGGUACCAGCUCUCCAACACCGAGGCGAUUGAGUGCAUCACACAGGGACGGGAGCUGGAGCGGCCACGUGCCUGCCCACCGGAGGUCUAUGCCAUCAUGCGGGGCUGCUGGCAGCGGGAACCCCAGCAGCGUCACAGCAUCAAGGAUGUGCACGCCCGGCUGCAGGCCCUGGCCCGGGCGCCCCCUGUCUACCUGGACGUCCUGGGCUAGGUGCUGGCCCAGCGCUGGGGGGGCUGCCUCAGCACCCCACAGCUCCCAGCAGCCCCAGUGUGACCUCAGAGCCUCUAACUCCCCCUCAGCAUGCGGGAGGGGCCAGGUGAGGUCUGGGAGGGAGGGUGCCCUCUUCUCUAGGCUGGGCGCCAUCACAGCAAUUAUAUUUAUUAUCCCUUG